AUGGUCCCGCUGCGCUGGUGUUUCGCUCUCCUCGCGGGUGGGUUGCGGUCCGGGCAGCCUGAGCUCGCUGCCGCCGCGGUUCGUGCGGUGCUUCGUGCGCGGUCUCGGCGAGUACCUGGAACAGCUCUUCAACCCUUCCCGCUGCCCCUGCGCUCUCUCCGGGCAGCGCCGUUGCCCCGCUGUCUUCCCUGGAUUCACUGUCCGCUGCCGUGGCAGGAAAAAGCGCGUUCCCUUCCCACCCCCCUCCCCUCCGGGCCUGCCUCCCGGACCGAGGCGGACUUUAACCUUAACACUUCUGUAGCUUUUAACUUGUGUACCUUGUUUUUCUCAUCAUCUGUUCUGCUUCUUCUUGCACAGGAACACAGGCUCUCGAUUUGCAGCAAAUUGUGCUAUGCAAUAGGAGGUGCCCCAAAUCAAGUGGCAGGGAGUGCUGCUGCUUUCUUCCUGCAGAUCUACCUGCUGGAUAUAGCCCAUAUUACUCCAUUUCAUGCUUCUCUGGUGCUGUUCAUUGGCAAAGCCUCAGGUGCAUUUACUGAUCCUGUUGCUGGCUUUUUUAUUAGCAAAAGUAGAUGGACAAGAAUUGGCCGGCUCAUGCCUUGGAUGCUGGCAUGUACACCCUUCACAGUAGUGUCUUAUUUUUUCAUGUGGUACCUGCCUCCUUUUGUGUCAGGAAGAGCUGCAUGGUACGUGACUUUCAACUGCCUUUUCCAAGCUUUGACCACAUUAUUCCAAGUACCAUAUUCUGCCCUCACCAUGUUUCUCAGCACAGACCAGAAGGACAGAGAUUCUGCAACAGCGUAUCGAAUGACCAUGGAAGUGCUUGGGACCUUGAUUGGAGCAGCACUUCAGGGGCAGAUUGUGGCCAGUGCUCAUGUCUCUCAUCACUGCACUGUGAAUCCCCCAGUAAACACAACUGACUCCUGGCAUGACACUACCAGCAUUCCAGACCCCUCAGAUAUCCUGUCUCAUCAAGCGAAAGUUUAUAUGAUUGCAGCAGGGGUCAUAGGAGGUGUGUAUCUUCUUGGAAUUGUUGUUCUUUUUCUUGGAGUAAAGGAAAAAGAUGAUCCUUAUGCCUUAAGUUCAGACAGAGCAAUCCCUUUUUGUAAGGGGCUUGGACUCACCAUGAAGCACGGUCCGUAUGUGAAACUCACAGCUUCAUUUCUUCUCAUCUCGACAGCAGUUCAGCUGGAGCAGAGCAACUUUGUCCUGUUCUGCACUCAAGCUUCUGGCCUUCGCAAUCACUUCCAGUAUUUGGUGGUGACCAUCUUGGUAUCAGCAGCUGUGAGUGUUCCCUUCUGGCAGAAGAUUCUGCAGCGAUUUGGCAAGAAAUGUGCAGCAUGUGGGAUUUCGUGGAUGAUUCCUUUCGCAGUCAUGCUAGUGACCAUUCCAAACCUGAUCCUGGCUUACCUCGUGGCUUUCGUCUCUGGUCUGAGCAUUGCAGCAUCUCUUCUGUUGCCAUGGUCAAUGCUGCCUGAUGUUGUUGAUAACUUUCGCCUGCAGAAUCCUCAUGGAAAAGGACAAGAAACCAUUUUCUAUUCUUCUUAUGUUUUCUUUACCAAGAUGUCAGCAGGAAUUGGCUUAGGAAUUUCUGCAGCAGGACUGGAGUUUACUGGAUACAAACCAGGGAUAUGCAGACAGUCGGAUGAUGUGAUCCUCACCCUGAAAAUCCUCAUUGGAGCGGUCCCUGGUAUCCUCAUCUUUCUGGGUUUAUUUAUACUCUUUUUCUACCCAAUCACUGAACAAAGCCGGAAAGAAACAAAGCUUGCGCUGGAAGAGUUAAGGAGGAGUUAUCAAAGCACAGAGAACUUGGAUGAGCACAAAAAGGACACCUCAGUCUGAAAGCUCUGAACACAGUGACUUUCCAAAUAUGGACUCACUUCCUACCAACAAACCCCAUGAGAGUUUUCUAGGUCAUUUCUCUGCUCACAUUUUAUCAAAAAGGAUAAAGAAUGAUUCUGACAUAAUAACAAAAUCAAGAGAGGACACCACCGUGCAAAUAUACACUAACUCUGUGCACUGUGCUAAAAAGGACAUUACAUGUGGUCAGGAAAGCAAGCUAUUGAAGGCUUGAGGGUUUUUUGUUUGUUUUUCAAUGAUUAAUGGAAAACUGUGAUCUCGUUGCACAGGAGAUUCUAUGGAUUUGUAGGUCAAGAGGAAAAAAAGUGUAAAUGUGACCAUAGAGUUAUAAAAUGUCCUGAAUUGAAAAAAAGACUCAUGAGGGCCAUUGAGUCCAAUUCCUGAUGCACCACCCAAAUAUUAACUCACAAUAUAUUUCACCCUUGGAGGCUGGGGUGGAUUUUGAGCACAAUCUCUACCUGCAACUUGCACACUAGCGUGUUUGGGAAGCACUUGGGAAUACUGAAGUAUAUAUUAUAUAAAGUUAGGAUUUAUUUUGUUUUGAAAUGAAG